GUGCAACACUGGGGUACAGUGGCACAAAAACGCCUCUGUCACAGGGAUUUGGGGGACUUGUACAAGACUGAGUGUGUUCAGAGGUAUCUCCAGCAGCUGAUGGAGGAGCACAGAGAUGUCUGCAGGAAGCUUCAACACACACACCUCAGUGAAGCAGACAGAAAAGUGCUCAUGAAGAAACACACAGAGCUGCUGCCUGUUGCAAGUGUGUUUGAGAGCAUUGGAGAAGCCCUGAAAGACCUGGAGGAAGUCCUUUCACUUCUACAUAGUUCAGCUGGCACCAAAGAAGAAGACCAGCAACUCACCCGUCUGUUAAAAGAGGAGGAAGCUCUUAUGUCUCGCAACAUUUUAACCUUAAGAAAAGAUUUGAUCAAAACUCUCGUGCCCUCCGACCCUCUUGACUCCAGUGACGUCGUGCUGGAGGUCGUAUCAGGACGAACAACAGGAGGUGACAUCUGUCAGCAGUUCACCAGUGAAAUGUUCGACAUGUACGAGGGGUUUGCCUCUUACAAGAACUGGCACUUUGACCUUUUAAACUACACGUCUGCUGAGUACGGCGGUUUGCACCAUGCAGCAGUAAGAAUAGCCGGGGAGAAUGUGUACAGACAUCUGAAGCAUGAAGGAGGAACACACAGGGUGCAGAGGAUCCCUGAGGUGGGCCUGUCCUCCAGGAUGCAGCGUAUUCACACAGGAACCAUGACUGUUAUAAUCCUGCCUCAGCCCGUGGAGUUUGACAUCCAAAUUGACCCAAAGGAUCUCCGCAUCGACACGUUCAGAUCUCGAGGGGCCGGAGGUCAAAGCGUCAACACAACAGACAGUGCAGUGCGCGUCGUUCAUCUUCCCACUGGUGUAACAGCCGAAUGCCAGCAGAGUCGCUCUCAGCUGCAGAACAGAGACACGGCCAUGCGCGUGCUGAAGGCUCGGCUCUACCAGAGCAUGAUGGGUAAAGAGACGGAGCAGAGGCAUACAGCAAGAAAGCAGCAGGCUAGUGAACUUCCUUCAAAGGAAAACAUUUGUGAUAAUCACAUUUUAACGGUUAAUUCAAUCUCAUCGAUUGACUCCUUUUGUUUUCUGACUCCAGGUUGGCACUCGUUCUCAGUCGGAGAGGAUCCGCACCUACAACUUCAGCCAGGAUCGUGUCACAGACCACAGGACUGGAUAUGUCACUCGAGAUAUCAAGGAGUUCAUGAGAGGAGGCGAAGCUCUCCAUGAUCUGAUCUCUGACGUCCGUGAACACGCAGAGAGGGAGGCGCUUAUAGAGAUGGUGGAGAGCAGCAGCAAUCUAAAAUCACAAGGGCCUGGAAAAUCUACAGAGUAACAUGCAGGCAAUUGACUAUCAAAUGCACAGAAAAAAUCAAUUAUUCAUUUUUGGGCUGUUCUAUUUAUUUUGACAGUAGUGCUAUUUACGCUUUAAGCAAUUUAAGACCAACUGCAGCUCAAUCAGAUGUCAUUUGAGAUGUUUAUUUUAGUAAUAAAAUGUUAAACUCA